AUGGACAAGAAAAGUAAAUCAGACAUAAAAAACAAAAGCGUUGAUUUCGAAACGGCUAUUUCAUUGUGCCAAUAUGGAAAAUUUCAUUACAGUAUUGUAUUUUUGUGCGGUCUUAUAUUUUUAUUUGGAGGAAGUCAGAGCGGAAUAAAUGCUUACAUUAUUCCCGCAGCAGAAUGUGAUCUAAACUUAAACUCUCGCCAAAAAGGACUCAUCAAUUCAGCAUUUUUAAUCGGCGGUAUGUCAAGUUCAUUUCUUUGGGGGAUAUUGGCUAAUGCUUAUGGCCGGAAGAAGAUUCUUGUUGGUACUUUAUUAACUGAUAGCCUUCUCACGUUUUUAUCGAGUCUUUCUCAGAGCUUCGAGGUUCUCGUUGUCUUCCGAGCACUCGCUGGUUUUUUAAUUGGUGCUCCAGGUUCAUUAAUUUAUAAUUAUCUUAGUGAAUUUCAUCCAUCUAAAUUACGCGUUAGAUGUAUUUGCAUUAUUGGUUUUUUUUGGACAUCUGCAUCAUUAUUAUUACCAGGUCUCGCAUGGUUUAUAAUUCCUCUUAAAUUUUCAUUUGAAUUCGCGGGUUUUAUUUUAAAUUCAUGGAGAAUUUAUCUCGGAUUAAUCGGAGUUCCAACUUUUAUAAUGGGAUUUAUACUUACGAUGUACCCGGAAAGUCCAAAGUAUUUAUUAUCUCGCGGUAGAAAACAAGAAGCCCUUGAGAUUCUUGGGCAAAUCUAUUCCGUCAAUACUGGACGAGACAAGUCCGACUAUCCUGUCAAGGAACUGAAAAUAUCCAGCGAUGAGAUUGAUGACAAAAACGCACUGGCUGUUAUAGCUGCAGAUUGUUGCAAUGAUCAGUCUAAUUUACUUGUCAUAAAAAAACUUUUAGCGGACGCAUGGCGACAAGGAGCUUCUCUCACGACUCCUCCUCUUGUAAAAUGGGCUGUCUUAUGCUGGACUAUUUAUUUUACUAAUUUAUUUGGAUGGUAUGGACUCGGCAUAUGGAUGCCAGAACUAUUGAAUCGGUUUGAAAAUUUCUAUCUUCUCCAUCCAAAUGUGACGACUGCAAGUAUAACUGAGUUGGUAUCAUUAAACACAACAUCACCAAUUCUUAAAUACGACUGUGAAAAUCAUAGUAUGAAUGAAAAAGUAUUUAUUAACACAUUAAUGAUAAACGCCGCAUGUUCAAUAGGAAAUAUUAUAUGUAUUUACUUAUCUAAUCACGUCGGGCGACGUACUAUUCCCGUAACAACAUCAAUCGUAGCAGGAACAGCGGGAAUAGCUUUGUACUUCGUUAAAUCCCCUACACAAAUCAUAAUCAUAGCUGGUAUAUUUUCAGUAGCAAUGACUGCUGCAAAUAUUGUUCUGAAUAGUAUAAUUGUUGACAUAUUUCCAACUCAUGUAAGCGCACUCGCGGUAAGUAUGAAUUCAUGUUUCGGUCGCAUUGGUGCCAUUGUUAGUAACGUUGCAUUUGGAUUGCUUGUUGACGUCAGCAGCGAAGUACUAAUUUUUCUUGUGGCUGGUACUAUUAUCGCGGGUGGUCUGCUGUCGUUUUUACUGCCGGGAAAAAAUAAUCCUAAAAUAAUUGAAACUUGAUGAGUAAAUAAAUGAAUAAUUAAUAAUCAAAAGUAAAUAAAAAAUACAA